GAAAAAUUCCCUAAGGAUAGCUGUUUCAGCCCAAAUGGGCCUUCAGUGAACUCACCCAGAUUGCUUUCUGGGUGGGGUGGAGGGAGGAUGUCAGAGAUAACGUCUCCCAUUUGGGAAUAAUAAAGAGGGUUUAUUAGUUCCUGAUCUUUGAAGCAUCUGUGCUUCCCAAAUCACAGUCAUACUAUGGUCGUAGGCAUGACGAAUUCUGAGAGGUAAAGGCCCUAGUAUUUCCAGGUUCGGUGAUAAAACCACGCGUAGUGUGGCGUUCUGAUGAGCUGGGACGUCUUCCCAAGAUGAUGAAUAUGGGCUCAUUUUUCCAAGAUCACCCAUAGUCCGAAGCUGCGAGAGUGGGGUAUGGACCGUGGCGGGGGGAGGAUCCUUUUGGUUUGGGGAACUAUGGGACGCUGGAGUAUUGCCCAGCGUCCUCGGGACAACACCCAACUUUGCAGGGGAAAGGGGCCCAUCUUGUACAUCGCUGCUGCUUCCCGGACCCGGGCCUACGCACCACUCUUGCGGGGAUAGUAGAAACCUGUUUCUCUCCCCCCCCCCCGCCCAACCUCCCUAGCCGGAAACGUCGGCUAGCAACAGCGCUCGUUCCCAGGAUUCUCCUCGGCCCACAGGCCGCGAAUUCUCGCCCCUGUUCCCUCCGAGCGUUUGUCCAAUCAGAGCCAAGUAUUCGGGCUUUCCCCCGCCCUCCGCCGGGCAUGGUGACGCCAUUUCCGUCGCUCUCCCGGAAGUCAUCGCAGCGGAGCCAAAUUUGAAGUCAGAGGAGAGACGCGGGGAGCUUCGCCACCAAACUGGAUGUGUUUGCGGUUUCCUUGGCUACCUGGGCCGCCAGAGCUCAGUCGUGAUGCCCAUCCGUGCGCUCUGCACUAUCUGCUCGGACUUCUUCGAUCACUCCCGCGACGUGGCCGCCAUCCAGUGCGGCCACACUUUUCACCUGCAGUGCCUGAUUCAGUGGUUUGAGACAGCACCAAGUCGGACCUGCCCACAAUGCCGAAUCCAGGUUGGCAAAAGAACCAUUAUCAAUAAACUCUUCUUUGACCUCGCCCAGGAGGAGGAGAGUGUCUUGGAUGCCGAAUUCUUAAAGAAUGAACUGGACAAUGUGCGAGCACAGCUUUCCCAGAAAGAGAAAGAGAAACGGGACCAUCAGGCCAUUAUCGACACUCUGCGAGACACCCUGGAAGAACGCAAUGCCACUGUGGAAUCUCUCCAGAAGGCCUUAGACAGGGCCGAGAUGCUGUGCUCUGCUCUGAAAAAGCAGAUGAAGUGCUUGGAGCAGCAGCAUGACGAGAGCAAGCAAGCCCGCGAGGAGGCCCGCCAACUCCGGAGCAAGAUGAAGACCAUGGAGCAGAUUGAGUUUCUACUCCAGAGCCAGCGGCCUGAGGUAGAGGAGAUGAUCCGAGACAUGGGUGUGGGACAGUCAGCAGUGGAGCAGCUAGCUGUGUACUGUGUGUCCCUCAAGAAAGAGUAUGAAAAUCUGAAAGAAGCGCGGAAAGCCUCAGGGGAGCAGGCUGACAGGCUGAGGAAGGACUUGGCCUCCUCCAGGAGCAAGUUGCAGACAGUCUACUCUGAACUGGACCAGGCAAAGUUAGAGUUGAGGUCGGCCCAGAAGGACUUACAGAAUGCUGACAGGGAAAUCACGAGCCUAAGAAAGAAGCUAACAGUGUUGCAGCAAACCUUGAACCUGCCUCCAGUGGCCAGCGAGACUGUCAACCGCCUGGUUUUAGAGAGCCCAGCCCCCGUGGAGAUGCUGAACCUGCAGCACCACCAGCCAUCCUUCAGCGAUGAGCUUGGCCUCAAUGCCACCUUCGACGUCGAUACCCCCACAGCGCGGCCCUCCAGCUGCCAGCACGGCCACUCCAAGAAGCCCUGCCUUGAGAAGGCACACUCUCCUACCCAGGACAUCCUCAAGAAAAUUCCCACAGGCCCCAAGAAGGAGUCCCAGCUUUCACUAGGUGGUCAGAGCUGUGUUGGAGAGCCCGAUGAGGAAGUGACGGGUGCCUUCCCUCUCUUCAUCCGGAAUGCUGUCCUGGGUCACAAGCAGCCCAAGAGGGCCACAGCAGAGUCCUGUCACAGCACAGAUGUGGUAAGAAUAGGCUUCGAUGGACUUGGAGGCCGAACAAAAUUCAUCCAGCCUUCGGACACAGCCACUAUCCGUCCACUGCCUGUUAAGCCCAGAGCCAAGGCUAAGCAGAAAGUGAAGAUAAGGACUGAGCACGCUCCCUCUCAGGCCAAGCUGGAUGCCUUCCUGUGGCGGUGAGAGUCAUGUGAGCAGUGACCAGAUUCACACCUCCAGUUAGCAGGCCAAGACCUGGCCAGGCCAGGAGCCUUUCAGGGGAUGGCUUCUCUUCCCGGACCAGCCCUGAGAACAAGAGCAGACAAGUAGAGAGGGCAAGAGUAACACCCCAAAACUACUUCCUGCGCUCACUCUGCCCUAUGACACUGGACUUUACUUUAGGAGCUGACACGACCAGUUUACAGUUCCAGUGAGCAGGUUCAGAUUUUGUUCUAAUUUAUAUGACCAGAUGUGGCCAGGCUCCCGUGGACCUGUAGACUAGGGUCAUUUGCUGACUGACUUGUGUGCAUGAAAGUGCUUGAAGAUUCUCAGCCAGCCAGCCUGAGCUUCUGCCUGCCUCUGGCUUGCUGCUAGGAAUGGGGGGUGGUGAUAGGAAAGAGUGGGGGCAGAUUUCCAUGUAAAAUAAAAAAGCAUCUUUUCUUCCUGGCUCCGAGUAUAAAUUUGUACCAAGACUUUGGAAAACAGCAUGACUUUCUAAAGCAGGAAUGUCAGCUAGACUUAGACCUAACCGUUUUAUCCCAAGGCAUGUGCCUUGUCACAGGGCACAGGGAGACUAGCAAGAGUGACAUCACACCCGGUUGUGGUGGCACACACUUUUAAUCCCAGCACUUGGGAAGCAGUGGUAG